AUGGCACCAAAAUUAACACGAGUGAGUGUCGCUUCUAUCCCAGUGGAUCAACGCACAUGCUCCAUUUGUCAAGAUACUAUUGGUGGCAGUGAAGGCGGAGAACCAGUCAAAACAGAAUGCAACCACUAUUUUGAUCGUAACUGUAUCGAACACUGGCUUGAUGGAGAUAAGACAACCUGUCCCGUCUGUCGCAAGGAAAUUCGCAAUACAGGAGGUGGUGGCUUGCGUGAUCGUCUCAGAAACAUCAACAGGGGUGCUCGUCUUGCUAGAGAAAGAGCCAUCGAAGAAAGAGAACAGAUGCAACAAGCUCAAGCAGAUUAUGGUGGCGCUAACGAUUAUCCUAUUUCUAAUGCUAGUGCUUCCGAUGAUGAGCACCCUACAUGGGUGGAGUAUGAACCAAUGCCUCCAUCUUCGCCUGGAAACUUCAAUACUCCAAGACCACCACGAAGAAACGAUCCACCACCACGAAGAAACCAUUCCCCACCAAGGCAACGUUACCAGGAAUCCCGACCUUCCACCUUAGACGUCGACUUGGAACGCGCAGUCAGAAACUACACUUCCACACUCAACUUCAUCCAGCGCGCCGACCAGAACAUCAUGACGCAAGCCAAACGCUCUAAUUACGCCAACGAAAGACAUCACGCGGCCGAACGCCGAAUCCAAGCCGCUUUCACACAACUCCAAGUAUCAGCAGAAUCCCGAGAUGUCUAUGCUAUAGAACAUGCGCUCGCGCUGCAAGAUUCCGCAACCUCCUUAUUGAAUGAUGCGUAUGCCGUACUAGAGAGGGAAGGUUCACAUCUUGCGGAAAUGAUUGAGCAGAGACAAGUUGGGGAUGAGAGGUUAAUGCGUGCGAGAGAGGAGUUUGCAAGAGUGAGAGAUCGCUAUGUGAUGAGUGUUAGGAAGGUGUUGGGUGUAGGUCGUGGGGGGAGAGAAGGAAGAAAGAUACUAAGAGGGGAUUUGGGAAUGAGACUAGAGGACUAUAGAAAUGAGUAUGAGAAUGAGGAUGAUGAUGAGGCGUGGGAACCUUAUGAUCCUGCCGCUUGGCAGUGA